ACUCCAAUUUAAUUUAAUUUACGCAAAAAAAUUACACAAAAUAAUUAAUCUUCCUUUCUUACCCUUUCUCGCAUUUUCUUCUCUCUUUCUUUCGGCGGAAACCUCUCUAUGAGCUGUACAAAUCCGUAAUUUACCAACUCAGAAACUUCUCAUUCUCUCUCCAGUUGUUGUAUUGCUGGAUCUCUUUUAUUGACCAUCACCGUCAGCUUAAACAAAAAAGCUGCAUAACUGUUUCUUCAUCUCUCUGCAAAUUCACUCUAUCGUCAGCUUUUAGGGUUCCAAUUCUAUUUUAACUUCACAGAAUCACCGUUACACAUUUAUCAUCUUCUUAGUUCUUAGCCAACUCUGUUCAAUUCUCAGAUCUGAAAGUGGAGAUGAGUCGAAUAAAGGAAGAUGAGAAAAAUGAACGAAUUAUUCGAGGUCUUCUCAAACUGACACCGAAUAGAAGAUGCAUUAACUGCAAUAGCAUGGGACCACAAUAUGUAUGCACAAAUUUCUGGACGUUUGUUUGCACAAACUGCAGUGGAAUACACCGGGAAUUUACUCAUCGAGUAAAAUCAAUAUCCAUGGCUAAAUUUAGUGCACAAGAAGUUAGUGCACUUCAAGAAGGAGGAAAUCAGCGUGCAAAAGAAAUAUUUUUUAAAGAAUGGGAUCCACAAAGUAAUUCUUUACCUGAUAGCAGUAAUGUUGACAGGCUACGGGACUUUAUCAAGCAUGUUUAUGUGGAUAGGAGAUUCACUGGCGAGAGGUCCUAUGAUAAACCUCCAAGAGUAAAGGGCGACAAGGAUGAUUCCUAUGAAAACAGGAGGCUGGAGACGUACCAGGGAGGACCUAAAAGCCCUCCGUAUGAGGACACAUAUGAACGCCGUUAUAGUGACAGAUCUAGUCCAGGUGGAAGAAGUCCUGGAUAUGAUCAAGAAAGGAAUUAUGCCGAUCAUAAGAGAAGCCCUGGUCGCCCUACAAUAAUUAAUGAUUGGCGUCGUGAAGAUAGAUUUGGGGGUGGACAGAAAUUUGAAGAUCGUAGAAUAUCCGAUGGAGGUAAUAAGAUGGAAAGCCAAUCUCCCGAGCGAGCCAAAGACCUGGAUUCUUCAAGCCCACCACCUGUUGUCCGACCUGUUAGAGAAAUUCUGGGAGAAAAUGUUGUACCUCUACGAAUUAGUGAACCUCCAAAAGCAAACAGUGGACAGGCUGCUAAUGGCCCAGCACUCACACAGAGAACGGCAUCUUCCAGUAGCUUGGCAUCCAGCAAUGGAACCCCAGCAGAAGUUAAGCUUGAGACUAUCAGGAGCCUUAUUGAUUUUGAUGAUAAUCCUGAACCACCUAUUGCUCCAGCAAUUCCUCAAGCCACACAAACUACCGCGGCUCAACUUGUGAAUCCAACAAAUUCUGGUGAUAACAAUUGGGCCUCCUUUGAUGUUGCACCCGAGGUAAAAGUAUCACAGGGUCAUUCAAAUGUAAAUUCACUUGAUUCUAUGCUGUCCCAGUUGUCAGUUCCAUCAUCUUCACAUGCUCAAGUUUCUGGAGCCCAAGGUGGGCCUUUGGCGGGAUCAGCUAUUAAUGCUACUGCUGGAGGAGCUCCAACUGUGAGCAGCUUCGCAACUUUCCCAGCCAGUGUUGCUUCAUUAACAUCUGGAUUGACAACAGCAUCACCUUUCAAUAACACAGGUUCGUGGUCUAGUUUGCAAUAUCAGCAACCGCAACCGUUGUUCACAUCUACUGUUGGUCAGCCUACUAUUCAACAAUCUACACUACCAGUUGGUGGAGCUUUGACUAAUCAGGGGCAUCCAGUGACACAUGUGUCAAAGGUUGUCGAUGAAGAAAAGUCUAGUGUUGCUUCACAAAAUUCUACUGUAAACAUAAAACCAAGUGGAAGAAAUGAACUUCCUGAGGAUCUAUUCGCUGUAAACUAUUCAUCUUUUCCUGCUCCAGUCCCAGGCUGGCAAAUGGGUGCACCGCCUGGCAUGGGUGUCUCCGUUCAUUAUAAUAAUGUGAUGUCCGUGCCAAGUUUCCCACAACCAUCUCAAUCUACAAAUCCAUUUGAUGUGAUCAACGAAACAACUUCAGUUCAAGCCCCAACUUUUCCUUCUAUGGUAUCUUUGCAAGGUGCUCUGCCUGGUGUAACACCUUCAGCUACAGUGCACCCUUCAAACAUGGGUAAUCAGUCUUUUGCAUGGAAUCCACCCUCCUCGUUAUCGUAUGCACCAAUGCCGCCUCCACAAGCACAAACUCUUGCCUCUGCAACAGGACCAAGGGCAUUCAUGGAGCAACAAAUGCCAAAUAACAUGCCAUUGCCAAGGCAUCAAGGAGGUGGGACUUUUGGAACCGAGGGAACUGCUUUUGGCUUCUCUAAUAUAGAUCAGAAGCUGAAUGGUAGGUUGCCAGCCUCUGCUACCCUAAACCCCUUCCCUACAGGAGGUAAUCCGUUCGGAUGAUCUAAGUUUUUUUGCACGGAUACUCAUAUCAACCCAGCAUCAAUUUGUUGCACCCUGUACAAAUAUGGUUGAAGUUAUUUGUACCAUUCUUUAGUCGAAGGGAAACUCAAGCAUAUUGAGAGAUUUAUAGUCGUGGUCAUCGGGUUUCAAAUUCAAAUAUUUGUACCUUGCUUGUAAAUUAUUUGUUGCUAUAGAAAAUAUGAAGGCAAAAUAUCUGCCUGUCAAAGGAAGUGGGUCUUACAGGAUUGAUAUAAUGAGCUGAUGAAUGUGAGAAAGGAGUGCAAAAAUCCCUUUGCCGAGACAAGGUAAUUCUUUUAGGCGCAGCCUUGUUUUGUAGCGUUGGUUACUUACUGGUGUGUUAUGGUGAUCCUGAUUGUAUUAUUAUUUUAAAUUUUGCUAUUAUGUAUUAUCAUGUAAUCUUAUUAUUCCUAGAAGCAUGUUAAAUUAA